UUUUGGCCCCAGCGACUCGCCGUCGCUCGGGAGGAGGCGUUCACUAGAUGAAGUGAUGGCGACUGGGACGCCAGAUUCUCAAGCGCGAUUCGGUCAGUCUGUGAAGGGGCUCCUCACAGAGAAGGUGAACACCUGUGGUACGGACGUCAUCGCGCUCACUAAGCAGGUGCUGAAGGGCUCCCGGAGCUCCGAGCUGCUAGGUCAGGCAGCUCGAAACAUGGUACUACAGGAAGAUGCCAUCUUGCACUCAGAAGAUAGUUUAAGGAAAAUGGCAAUAAUAACAACACAUCUCCAAUACCAGCAAGAAGCUAUUCAGAAGAAUGUUGAGCAGUCUUCUGAUCUACAGGACCAGCUGAAUCAUCUGCUGAAAUAGUGCAGCUUGUAAGAGGGCAAAAGCACUUCUGUGCCGACACUGAGAAGGAAAUCUUUUACUUAACCACUGUGCUAUGGGUUUGACUUUCCAUUUUCUUCUCCAAAAGUUAAGUUAGAACAGAUUUGUGAUGGUGUAUAAUUCCUCCUGAAAGAAGCUAGGUGGUUGAAUUUUGGAAGUACUUCUUGAAGCAGAGUAACCCAUGGUCUUAUUGAAUUUUUUAAUUGCUCUGUUUAGUUUGAUGUUAAAGUAAAAUUACAAGAGGUCUUAGUUUUUCCCCUAGAACUUUUAUACGUCAAAAGCCACAUCAACUAAAUAUGAUCCUUAAGCAAAUACUGAAUAAUGUUUUAAAUUCAGAAUUAGGGAUUCUAUUGUGAAAACAUAGGACUAAUUAAUAUUCUUUUUUAAAGACUUUUUUUCUUUUAAUCAUACAUUCAGAAAUGGUAAUAGGUAAUACCUGUUCUUUCCCUUCCCUUCCCUUCCCUUCCCUUCCCUUCCCUUCCCUUCCCUUCCCUUCCCUUCCCUUCCCUUCCCUUCCCUUCCCUUCCCACUCAGAGGAAAUACUUAUUUUAUUCAUUGUAGCAAAUUCCUGAAUGAAAGGUAGGCAAAUGGUAUCAUAUCUGGCCAGCUGCAGUCUCCUCCCUUGACUUGUAUUCCUAGAAUUUCUUUGUUAUUACUUUUGAUUAAUUGGCCUUGGGUUCAUUUAAAAAUUUUGCUAGUCAUCAGCAAAUUCACUUGUAGAACAUUACUGCCAAAUGCAAAGGCAGUUGAAUUACUGGGAAUGAGUGCAGCAUAGGGUUGUGCCAUGGUGAAAACCUUAUGUUUUCAGAUACUUACCCAUGUUUAUUUAACUCAUCUUACUAAAAGGCAUUGCCUUUGAAUGUCUUUGCUUUGUUUGAAUUUUAAAUGGGACUCUAUCAUGUUCUAGUUAGUUCUUCACUAAGGAAUUGGGAGAAAGCUGACAGGAAACUGGUGUCUUCACUGAAAGAAAAAAAAAGCAAAUAAGAGUCCAAUUUAAUUCAUAUUGUAUAUCGAGCCAGCUAAUCAUAUUAGAUUGUAUUUAUUCCUCAUUUUACCUAUACACAUUAAUUUAAAGUAAAAGAAAAAAACUAGAUAUGAAGGAAUUCAGUUAUGCUAUUCAUUCAGUAAACACUCAUUACAAUUAUUAAAUGUAAAUGGGCUCAGUUCACCUUCAAAAAGAAGGAUCACAAAUUUCCAGCAAAUGUCAUGUUAAGAGUAAAACAUUUGAGGGGUGCCUGGGUGGCUCAGUUGGCUGAGCAUCUGACUCUUGAUUUUGGCUCAGGUUUAAUCUCAUGGUUCAUGGAAUAGAGCCAACACUGCGAGCCUGCUUGGAAUUAUCUGUCUCCCUCUCUCUCUGUCCCUGCCCUGUUCCCUCUCUCUUCCUCAAAAAUAAAUACAUUUAAAAAAAAGAGUAAGACAUUUGAAGCAUUAUUGGAGGAUGUUACCAACACUGUUUCUAUUCAACAUUUUGCUGGAGGCCGUAUCUAGUGCAGAAAUUAAAAAUAAAUAUGGGGCACCUGGGUGGCUCAGUUGGUUAAGCAUCAGACUUCGGCUCAGGCCAUGAUCUUGCGGUGAGUUUGAGCCCCGUGUCGGGCUCUGUGCUGACAGCUCAGAGCCUGGAGCCUGCUUCGGAUUCUGUGUCUUCCUUUCUCUGUCCCUCGCCUGCUCACACACUGUCUCUCUCUGUCUCAAAAAUAAACAUUAAAAAUUUAUUUUAUUUUAUUAAUUAUUUAUUUUUCAAUAUAUGAAAUUUAUUGUCAAAUUGGUUUCCAUACAACCAGUGCUCAUCCCAAAAGGUGCCCUCCUCAAUACCCAUCACCCACCCUCCCCUCCCUCCCACCUUCCAUCAACCCUCAGUUUGUUCUCAGUUUUUAAGAGUCUCUUAUGCUUUGGCUCUCUCCCACUCUAACCUCUUUUUUUUUUUUUCCUUCCUCUCCCCCAUGGGUUUCUGUUAAGUUUCUCAGGAUCCACAUAAGAGUGAAACCAUAUGGUAUCUGUCUUUCUCUGUAUGGCUUAUUUCACUUAGCAUCACACUCUCCAAUUCCAUCCACGUUGCUACAAAGGGCCAGAUUUCAUUCUUUCUCAUUGCCACGUAGUACUCCAUUGUGUAUAUAAACCACAAUUUCUUUAUCCAUUCAUCAGUUGAUGGACAUUUAGGCUCUUUCCAUCAUUUGGCUAUUGUUGAGAGUGCUGCUAUAACCAUUGGGGUACAAGUGCCCCUAUGCAUCAGUACUCCUGUAUCCCUUGGGUAAAAUCCUAUAUUUUUUUUAUUUUUUAAGGUUUAUUCAUUUUUCAGAGACAGAGAGACAGAACAUGAGUGGGGGGAGGGACAGAGAGAGAGGGAGACACAGAAUCCGAAACAGGCUCCAGGCACUGAGCUGUCAUCAGAGUCCGACCUGGCGCCCGAACUCACGGACGGCGAGAUCAUGACCUGAGCUGAAGUCAGAUGCUUGACCGACUGAGCCACCCGGGCGCCCCCCACCCCCCGCCAAAAUUUUUUUAAAUCUCGGGUAUAGAGAAUAUGUUGGAGGAUAAUAUUUUUUAAAUAGUGAAAACUCAAAUUCUAUGCAAGAAAAUUUAUGUGAUGAUACCUAAACUGUGCUGUAAAGUAAAAAAAUCAUGCUUUAUAGCUCUAUUUUAGGGAUAAGGGUGGAAAUUUUUUUUUUUUUUUGAAGAGGUUUGUGGUUAGAACUUAGGAAAUCAAAAUAGAAUAAGAAAACCAAGCAUGCAUGAUAAAUAAUUUGAAAAAUAUAUGUCAUUAAUUGAUGCUUAUAGAUUAAAUUGUAUCAGGGCACCUGGCUGGCUCAGUGACUGGAGCAUGCGACUCUUGAUCUCGGGGUUGUAAGGUUGAGCCUUGGGUGUGGAGACUACUUAAAAAUAAAAUCUUAAAAAAAAUUAAAUUGGUAAAGUAUCAGCUCAAUCAUAAAAGUACAAAUUAGUAAAUUUUUUAUUGGAUGGGAGGUACGUAGAAUACAUCAAUUAGAUUGUAAACGCAUGAUUUAUCAGCUUGAUGCUAAAAAUUUGAGUACUAGUAUCAAAAUGUCUGGUUCCUUAUAAAGCUGUAAUAUUACAAAACUGACAUUUAAAAGAGAAUAUGUCCAGGGGCAUCUGGCUGGGUCAGUUGGCAGAGCAUGCGACUCUUGAUCUUGGGGUUGUGAGUCUGAGCCCACACUGGGACCAGAGCUUACUUAAAAAAUUUUUAAAAAGAAAAAAAAGUCAUUUGCUAGUGAUAGCUUUCCUGAGACUUUUCCAAACUAUCAAAGAACUUCCAUAUACUGCCAAAGUAUAGAAAAUGAUAGUAAGAUACUCAGUUCAUUGGCUGAAGUAAAUAUGACUUUCAUUUUUAUGUUAAUUUAUUUUUAAAGGUUUUAUUUUUAAGUAGUCUCUACACCCAGCAUAAGGUUCCAACCUACAAUCCUGAGAUCAAGAGUCACAUGCUCUAUCAACUGAGGCAGCCAGGUGCCACUAUGACUUUCAAUUUUAAAAAUUUAAGUAAAAUAGGGGUGCCUGGGUGGCUCAGUCGGUUGAGCGUCCGACUUCGGCUCAGGUCAUGAUCUCUUGGUUUGUGAGUUUGAGCCCCGUGUCGGGCUCUGUGCUGACAGCUCAGAGCCUGGAGCCUGCUUCGGAUUCUGUGUCUCCCUCUCUCUCUGCCCCUAACCCACUUGCAUUCUGUCUCUGCCUCUCUCAAAAAUAAAUAAACAUUAAGAAAUUAAAAAAAAAUAAAGUAAAAUAAGAAAAUUUGGGAGAUUCUUAUUCAUGAACAUUGAUGCAAAAAUCCUAAUAAUAUCUCAGAAAAAUUGAACAGAGAAAUAUUUUUGAAGAAUUGCUAAGAUAAUUCCAGAAUUAUGAAGUUGAUGUAACAGCUGCAAAACACAUUACGUUAAUAAGAAACAUUAAAUCGUAUAUCACUGUAAUAUACACCAAAAGGCAUGGGAAAAAAUUAACUUCUAUUUCUAAUUAAAACUGUAUAAAAUUUU